UGUGGAAUUGCUUUUUCUUAGAUAUUUAAGAAUGUUUGAGAAAAAUGCUUGCUUUAUAUGAUUGAUUGUGGCUAUGGGUUUAGUACAUGUUUAGCAUCUUCUUUGUAGUGGUGUUUCUAGCUUGCUUAGCAUAUUUUUGGGGCUAAUGAUUGCGAACUAAAUAGAUUUUGUUGAUGCAUAUCAGGAAGAAUUUAAGUGUUUGGUGUUGAAAUUUUCCAUAUUGAUUUGUUCAUUAUAUUGUCUUGAAUGGUACCAAGUAUCAAGCAAUAUGUUUGAUGUUAAGAUUUUCUGUUUAGCAAUCACUUGUGUGCAUGCAGGCAUCUGUGGCGUUUACAAGUAUGGUCAUUGCAGCUGUUCCAACUCUCGUUGCACUGGGAAGAGCCGCGGUUUCUCUUUCCAAGCUAGCAGAUACAGCGCGAGAGGAGCUUCUCGGCACCAUGGCUGCGAUCAGGCUCUCAGGCAUGGAGAUCAGUGAUCUUACACUCGAACUAAGUGAUUUAAGCCAAGAGAUUGCAGAUGGUGUCAACAAAUCGGCUAAAGCUGUGCAGGCCGCUAGAGCUGGAAUUCGGCAGAUCGGGUCACUUGCUCGCCAGCAGACAAUAUCGAUCAUACAAGAACGGGCUAGUUUGCCUGUCAUCUCUUUACAGCCUGUUGUUGCAGGGGCUGCCAGAAAAACUUCUCAUGCUGUCGGUCAAGCCACAAAGGCUAUAAUGAAUAUGAUAAAUCAAGGAGAUUUGAGCUCGGAGAACGACGGCGAUAACAGCAAUGACGGGUGAUGUUAGACUGUAGUACUACACAAUGGAAACCGACCCUCCCAACUCCUUUAACCUCAGCCUUGUCAAGGAUUUUGUAUAUGCUGCAAUUCAUGAGCUUGUUGCACUUGCUAUGUUCAUUUGUUUUAGAGAUGGAAAACUAGGUAAACUAAACCAUGUUUUUGACAGAUUUAACUUCUCUCUGUGUGACUUUGGCGUGGGGGAUAAAUGUUUGAU